UCUGACAGUUGACGUGCGUCUGGGUACAUCGGUCUUUUGGUACUCCUGCUGCAGCUCUGGCUUUGAUAUUAUAAAUAUAUUUUUGUUGUGUUUCUAGUUUAUCUCUCGCACUGAACGUACUCAUUUAUCAUCUUGCAGAGAUUCUUCUUGUUUAACACAAGAACGACGCAAGUUAUCCGCGGCGCCGUGCUUUUGUAUGGCCAUCGGAAGAUGCCUUCUUGUUCUUUUUGAAAUGUUUGUUACCUGCUAAGCGCAAAUAAAGAUAAAAAAACUACGCUUAGACCACGGUCUAUCUUCCUCUUUUACCUAUCUACUCGUUGUUCUUUCUUUUUUUUUUUAUUUAUAAAUCUCGUUGAAGGCAAUUUUAGUGCAUUGACUUUAAAAAUUGUUCAUUCGUUGGUUGAGUGGACAGUCAAAAGAAUUUGCAUUUUUCUUUUUCUAUACAAAAAAUUCUCAAUUCUUAUGCAAAUGUAUAAUGAAAAAUAAACCACUGAAUGAUUUCAAAAAAAUGUGAGCAGAAUAACGGUUUAGUUUUUGUGUUUUUCCAUUGAGUGUCAAGUUUUUCAAGUGUGUCAAACAGUUCUAAAAAAAAACAUGAAUUCCACAAAAGAAAUGGAUUUAGAUGCCACUGAUGGCAAACCUUUGACAUGUUUAUAUUAUUUGCGCGAUAAAAUUGUCCAAGAAAACAAUCAUAUUAAUAAAAGUAUUCGCGACUCUGAAGGUCGCCAUCAUCAUGAAUCGGGGGUCAACAAUUUAAUAAAAGAUGAACAUUCAUCAUUAACUUCCAAACGUAUUUGGGACACAAAUAAUUUUAUUAAAAAUACAUCAUCAUCAUUGAUGACAAGUGUAAAUAAUAAUAAUAAUACAUCGACAACACCGAAUAUUUUAUCUAAAUUGAAUAGUUUAGAUUGUUGGGAUUACACAAUCGAAUUGGAGUGUCUUCAAGGUCCAGAAGAUUUACAAUUAGCUGCAGAACUUGGAAAGACAUUAUUAGAACGCAACAAAGAGUUGGAAACAACAUUAAAACAUCACCAAAAUAUCAUUGACGAUCAAGCUCAAGAAAUUAUCUAUCUUCAAAAGCAAACAGCUGCCCUUCGUGAAGUCAACGAUUCUCGUCUCAAAAUCUAUGAACAAUUAGAAGUUGGUGUUCAAGAACUCGAACGCUCCAAUCAUCGUUUAAAUGUUGAAAAUAAUAAUCAUAAAAAACAUGUUAAAACACUUGUUCAUAACAUUGAAACAUUAGAAUGUCGCUGUGAAGAGCUUACAAAAAGUAUUGAAGAAACCAAACAGACAUUAACGAUAGAAAGACGAAAAAAUGAAAGAUUACUGCAAGAGAAAAACAAUGCUGGCAAUGAUCAAAUGGGAGUUCGUUUGCGACAUCAUGAAAAGGAAGUUAGCAAUAAUAGCGAAGGCGAAACUGAGAUCUUCCACGCAAACACUACCAAUCCAGAAAAUUGUAGUUUUGCCUUCCUGUCAUCUAGUGCCAAUAAUAAAAAUGCUAAUUCCACCGGAAUUUCUGAUAGUUCGCACAACGAAUCUGUUAACAUUAGUGUAGAUGGCGUUGAGGAUAAUGAAGAACUUAUUCGUGUUAUUAGUGAUUUGGAAUCAACCAAAAAAGCUCUACUCUCAGAACAACAAAGAGUUGGUGAGCUCGAAGAUCAACUUGUUGCUAUAAUCCAAGAAAACCAAACCCUGCAAGGUCGUCUAGUUCAGGGUUCAAAUGAAGAAAUGAAAUCAGUUCAUGAAGAGCUUUCAAUUCUCGAAGAAGUUCGGCAAGGUAAUAUGUGUAGUCGUUGCUUGCGAGCUUGCGAUGAAAGACUGACAGUGCAUGAUGAAGCCUCUUCAAUUGCUCCAACCGAAGAGGACGAUGAUCGUAGUUUGCUAGAUAUGGAAGCUGUCGGAGGCGGGACCGAAAGUAAUGGGGAUACAUCGUCACAAGUAGCUUAUCACCGAUCAGCCGUCACAAUAAAGGUUGCCUCAAGACUCCCUCAAGUUUCUCUGGAUUUGAACGCUCCGGCAAGUCCAAAUCCCUACAGGGAUUUGGUUGAAAAGUACGAAGCUUUACUCGAAGUCCAACGCCAUUCGGUAACGCGUAAGAGUGGAGGUGUUUCCUUAGCCGAUGAAUUCCAAUCGAGUGGUGAUUUUACAUCGUUGCACAUGAAAGAUAACAGCGACAAAAAUUCCCUUCAUCAGAAUCAAGAACAAGAAAACACUCAAAACAACCGCUCAAGUAAAAAUAAUAGGCGGACACCAACUGAAUUUUCCGAAGCCGAAACAUCUUCUUCGGGAUUCUCUGAUGAGACAAGUAAUAAGGGAACUCAAACCGAUGAUAGACCUGGCUAUUUCCUAUGCUCAAUUGGCGAUGGUGAAGAUUGCAAAUUUAGCAUUUACGAUGAUGCUAGUCCAAUUGAUUCAAGAUUCCGUAAUCGCCCUGAAUAUCGUGAGCUUUUCAAAGAAAUCUUUGCCGUGUUGAAAAAAGCAGCAGAGAAUAAGGAAGAAGGUGACAAAUUGCCACUACUUGACGAUACCCAUCCACCAGUGGCGGCUAAAGUACCACCCGUUACACCGGCUAAUGAAGAAAUGCCCUCAAUGGACUUUGCUGAUGACGCACAGAGUAUUAUUUCCUCAGCCAUAUCAGAGCAGUCAUUUGCUAUGUCUGAGUGUAUUACCAAAAUGGAACGCAAGACCGCCAAGAAGCACAUCAUUGAAAAGAACCAAGAGAACCAGCCACCAUGUGCAUCAUUGUCCGGUUCAACAACUCUAACACCGGCAAGCAAACAAGCCAUCAUCGAAAACGGUCGAGUUUUGACUCCACUCAAACGUGAACCACUCGAAUACUUAAUGGUUGGAGUGGGAAUUAAGAAAAAGAGCAAGAAAAAGAAUCGCAACUACGGCACUGAUCGCUCUGAGUCCCCUGCUGCCCUGCCCUCCCCUCCAAGGGUAUAUUACAGUAGCGGUAAGAAACGUCGUGACAUGAGGCCAUUUAACCAUUCGCCAUCAACUAGCAGCGGUACACCGGUAUCGUCAGGUCAAAGUCACAGUCGUAGACCUAAUUUAGAAUGGAAUGGCAAUUCGAUGAUCAUUUAUAAUCGUGGGGUAAAUUCAGCGACAUCGUCACCACGAGGCCCAAUUGUUACUCCACGCGGACGUGAGCUCGAUUUAAAUGGUGUCGAAUUCCGCCCCAGUACCGUCUCACAGGACUUGCACAAACUUAAGAAACUAGAUUUAUCCUAUGCCGAAGUACUCCGACGAGCGGAUGCAUGUAAACAACCUUACCAUCGAAGGAAAUAAAUCCAUAAGAAUAAU